CUGACGCGUCGUAAGUUUUUUCAAACCUCUUCUGCUCAUACGUGUCAGUCUUCUUUCACUGUAGAGCUAGAGACGUGUUGGACACUUACGAACCAUGGCACCCAAAGGUAGCAGCAAACAGCAAUCAGAGGAAGACCUACUCCUCCAGGACUUCAGCCGAAACUUGUCUGCAAAGUCCACCGCGCUUUUCUACGGCAAUGCGCUAAUCGUGUCCGCAAUUCCCAUUUGGCUGUUCUGGAGAAUCUGGCACAUGGACCUGGUACAGUCAGCUGUCCUGUAUGCAGUCAUGACACUGGUCAGCACCUACCUGGUGGCCUUCGCCUAUAAGAACGUCAAGUUCGUCCUCAAACACAAAGUUGCCCAGAAGCGAGAGGAUGCCGUCUCCAAGGAGGUGACCAGGAAACUCUCUGAGGCUGACAACCGCAAGAUGUCUCGCAAGGAGAAGGAUGAGAGGAUCCUGUGGAAGAAGAACGAGGUAGCUGAUUAUGAGGCCACCACCUUCUCUAUCUUCUACAACAACACACUGUUCCUGGUCCUCGUCAUCAUCGCCUCCUUCUUCCUGCUCAAGAACUUCAACCCCACCGUUAACUACAUCCUGUCCAUCAGUGCCUCAUCUGGCCUCAUCGCCCUGCUGUCCACUGGAUCCAAGUAAAGGAGGAAAGAAAUGAACAACUGAGAAGAGGGUGGUGUGGAGGGAUGGUUGGGGUGAAGCUAGGGGAUUUUUUUUUUUUUUUAUAUAUACGAAUGGGAGGAGAAUAAAAUGAUCAUGGAAUUUCAGCUGUGAGUUUUCAUGAAAUUCAUGAUCAAAUGUCUGGAGGUCACUCCAGGUCUGUCCUUUGCUUUUUGUACUGAUUGAAUUAAAGUGGUCAGAUCAAGAACCA